AUGCAGACGGUUCCUAGUCUCGUUGGCACCGGCACCGCCAUCGCUGCUGCUGCUAGUGGCCUGGUCUUUGGCCAUCUUGCCGACUCCGACCGACCUGCUGGCCGCCGAAACGACGCCCAAGCGGCCACGCUCACCCAGGUCGACAGCCGCCGAAACUCCCUCUCCUCCAACGGCUCAUGGAUGCGCAGGUUUUCCUUUCGUGCCCCUUCGCAGCACGGCUCCAGUCCUCGCUCUAGUAUGGUUCUCGACAGGCAGUCCGUUGCGCUAUCGCACACAUCGACCGCGCCGAUUCUACGUCCCAAGACGGCUGCCCCUAAUUUGCCGCCCAACAAGCUCGUCAAGCGAUGUCCCUCGACGCACCAGGAUGAUUUCCACACAGUGUCUCGUUCCCGAUCAAAGGGGCACUUGCCGACCCUCCGUCGACCGGCCACGAGCCACCAGCGUACCGCUACGCUCGAGCAGCUACGUCUGAAUGCGCAGGAAAAUCAGGGACCCCUCCUGUCUGGAGAGUCCAAAUAUUCGUUUGAGCAGCGCCCAAGCAUCGAGUCUGCCUGCACGGGGUCUAACACGACGGCUAGCCAAGCCUUAUCCGAGGACACGCACUGGUCGUCAUUUUUCCACUCGAGAAGAACCAACCUGGCGGCCGAGCAGGAAGAGCAGGAGGAGCAGAAACAGCAACGACGAGCGGCUAUGCAGCUGUCAGGCACAAUGCCGACCCAGACGGGGAGUGGCCCGGAUGAUAUAACUGCCAUUGAUGCGCCUCUGAAGCCUCUUCAGGCCCAGCAAUCCCAGCCGCCCCAGAAGGCUCAGCGCUUGUUGUUCCAGCAGCCCCAGCAGCACCCACAGCGCCGUCAGCACUCAAAUUCUCGACGCAGCAGCCCCCAGCAUCCUCUUUACGGCGCCUCGUCCUCCGCUGUUCUGGCCACCACCACCACUGCUUCUAUCGCUGCUGCUGGUGGUGGUGCUGCUACUGCUACUGCUACUGCCGCGCCGCCCACCACACCAUCUUCCACCACCACUUCGCCGUUUCACGCUUCUCAGAGCAGAAAUCUCUCCUCCCCGCUGACGCCCCCGCCCCAGCGCGCUCGGAAUUUUCAAAUCGACAAUUCUUUGCCUCGCCCUCUUUCUCCCGCGCCUGCCUUCGGCCCUGCUGGCGGGGUAGCUGUUGUUGCGACUACCGUCAAUUCUGUCCGGCCGCUUCAGCCCUCGACCAGCUCCACGGCCAGCUCGGCAAUGCCCACCUCCCAGCAGAGGUCCCCCUACUAUGAAGCCUCGCCCCAGAUGGAAGCAUUCGACAGCGACGGCAGAGGAUUUACGUCUGGCGACGACGAUGACACGGAUUUCAAGAGCGACACCCUCUACGACUCUCUCCGCACCGUCGCCUCUAGCCGCGCCAGAGCCGUCGACACACCUCUGGAGUCAGUCUACGAUGAGUCGCCUCCCAGCACCGCCAGCAACGGCAAGUCGCGACGACUCUCCAUCCACGCAAUGCUCGACAAGGCCUGGGACGGUGACGAUAGAAUCACGGAAGAGGACGAAGCGUCCCAGACCCCAGUCCGUGCACCCUCCACCACCAAAGUAAAACCAUCUACCCGCCAUGACACCCGCCACGGCCCCUCCACCGAAGACUUGCGCCUCGCCGAGAACCCUAUUCACAGCUCAUUCCCCUCUAGAGAUUUUGCAAGAAUGUCGCUUGAAGACGAUUUCGACGACGACUGGGCCCGCUACGAGGACGAAGCCGACUCUCACAUUAGCCCCCUGUCUGCCCCCUCCAAGAGCUCCCUCAAUGCCAAGGGCAUGAAUCCCAAUGUUCGCCUCGCUCUCGCCAACAUGACCAAUGGAAGUGACACCGACGAGAACCCACACGCCACCGAACGCCCCCUCAGCAAUAUUUUCGACUGGAGUGAACCUUCGACCCAAGACAAGAACGAUGCUGAGCGACGUUCUGGCCGCCCCCAGACUGCCUCCGGAAAGCAGGCGGCAGAUCCUAGAGGCGGCCGUUCUGCCAAUCGACGUGGACCUGCGCCUGCCCAUGUCAGGAGCCAAAGCGUGCCGGUGGUCCAUGAUGUUGCCGACGAGAGCAAGUCCACCGCCGCCAAGUAUGGAACAUGGGGUCUCAGCACCAAGACUGUUAGCGAGGAUUGGGACGAGGACUUUGAAUUCGGUUCCGUGGCUGGCAAUGACGGGCGCGAAGAUGACUCCAUGUUUGCCGUCCCUGAAUCUAUUCGAGCCAGCCAGCCCAGUGUCAAGGCGCAUUCGGGCCAAAUCAGAGAGCUGUCUCUUCUUGUCAACGACCUCAAGAGACUCUGUCGUCAUGGCCGGGAAAUGGGUCUUCUCGAAGGCUCGCAGAAGGCCUUUUGGAAAGAAGCAGAAGGUGUUAUUGCUCUUGCUUCUCCUGACGAUGAGACCAUGGACGAUGACGUUGAAUCGAAUCCCUCUGUAGAUCUCGACGCGUUUGAUGGCAAGGCCAAGCAAACAGAUCUACGGCCCAGGACACCUCCGACUGACCCGCAAUACUAUCUGGCAUCUCCUAAGCUCGAUUCCUCCAUUUCAAAGACUGCCGUAAUGCGCGAGCGUCAUUCGCCCCGACGCCGAUCCGUCUUUUCUCCCGACGAUGACAUCUUUGGCGGAGCCGAAAGCUCAGCCGAUAAGAAAGCGAGCCCGUCGCCAAAGAAAACAAGCCAGAAGGCACCGAAGACGCCCGAACGCCUCGCCGACGUUAAUGGCGUGGUGCGAACCGUCAUGGAGGCCAUGCAGCACCGCAGCGAUUCGGACGCUAUUCCCGAUACUGGAAAACCUAGUAGAAAGGUCCAGUUUGACACAAAUAGCCUAAGGGCGCUGGUCAAAAGAUCUGGCGAGCUCCGUGACACCCUUUCGGAUAUUAUCCGCAGGACAGACCAGCUCAUCCAGAGCCCAGCGCGACCUCUACGACACGACCGAGACCGCGGUCCUGAUUCGAGCCCAGCAUUUACUCGCGUCUUUGACGACCCUGGCUCCAGCCCUCCCCGACGCGUUACGAGGAGCCGGGCCAACACCUCUCUUAAACAAACCACUUCACCAGACAGCUCGCCACCCCCGCAAUUAGAACGACGAUUUCCGUUGAUGACGGUACGAUAA